AUGCCCCGAUUACGCAAAGUCAUCAAUUCAAAAUAUACCAUGGACGACGAGGACCUUCCCUUGGAUAUGCAAGACCAAUCUAUCAUAAUCGAAAACUUUAAGGAGAAUGUGCCCUUCAACAAGCUUCGUCCUCGAAAUAAACUGGAUGAUCGGUUUGGCAAGGUGCUGCAUUUGAUCCAGGCAUGCUUUGCUGCAAUUAAUCUAAUCCUCAUCACUCAUCCACAUUAUCGGCGUGAAAAUCCAAUAGUCAGCUGUUUUACUUGCGUGACCGUUCUAGGACUUUCAGUACUGAUCCAUGUCGAAUUCACUAAACCUCGAGAGCUAUUUGCCAGAUUCACUAAUAUGCAAAUACUUAUUGCAAUCAUGGCGAUCUCGGCGGCAAUCUUCCUUAUCAGCGUUCGCUUUUAUACUGGUAUUCUCGAUAUGCUUUUUUUCGUACCUUUCCUUUCGUCACUUACCUUAUAUUCCUUCAUCAAAGACAUUAGAAGCUUGAGUCAAGAAAUUUUAGAGUUGGAGCGAUUGAAAUUUAACUAUAAAGAGGCAUGA